CCCUGACAGUGAUGAGCAGGUGCUCGGCCGGCGUUGGUAGCUGUUCGGCUGUGUCCGUGCCCUGCUGAAUCCGGGGAUAGUUGGAUGUGUCUGCAAGAAAGGGCCCCAGGGGAAGCAUCAGCUUAUUUAUCUUUUAAUCACCCAUAAAGAAUGGCUUUUCGGAAUGUGGUCAAGGGAACAGUGUUCCUUGGAGGAGGUGCUGUGGCUGCAGUUUUUGGGCUGUCCCAUUUAACAGACAAGAGGAAGGCAAGCAUAACUUCUGUGGAAGCCGCAGAACCCAUUAAAUCAUCUAUUCAAAAUGAGCUGCCUCCAAGGGAAGCCCAGCUGCUAACACUACAGAAAACUAAAGAAUUUGAUGUGUUGGUUAUUGGUGGAGGAGCAACUGGCUGUGGAUGUGCAUUGGAUGCAGUCUCUAGAGGCCUAAAGACUGCCCUUGUGGAAAAAGAUGAUUUCUCUUCUGGGACAAGCAGUAGAAGCACUAAACUGAUACAUGGCGGCGUCCGAUAUUUGCAGAAAGCCAUAAUGAACCUUGAUAUUGAACAGUAUAAACUUGUUAAAGAAGCUCUCCAUGAGCGUGCCAAUCUUCUGGAAAUCGCGCCUCAUUUGUCCGCACCGUUACCUAUAAUGCUGCCUGUUUACAAAUGGUGGCAGUUGCCUUAUUACUGGAUUGGAAUAAAGGCUUAUGAUCUUGUGGCUGGAAGCCAGUGCCUGAGGAGCAGUUACAUCCUGAGCAAGUCUAAAGCCUUGGGGCUCUUCCCCAUGCUGCGGAAAGAUAAACUGGUCGGGGCAAUUGUCUAUUAUGAUGGACAACACAACGACGCACGGAUGAACCUUGCCAUCGCCCUCACUGCUGCCAGGUACGGUGCUGCCACAGCCAAUUACACUGAAGUGGUACGCUUGCUGAGGAAGAUUGAUCCAGAAAGCGGCAAGGAACUCGUCUGUGGCGCACGGUGCAGAGAUAUUCUAACAGGGCAAGAAUUUGAUGUCAGAGCAAAAUGUGUCAUCAAUGCAACAGGACCUUUUACUGACUCUGUGCGCAAAAUGGAUGAUCAGGAGGUCAAAAACAUCUGUCAGCCUAGUGCUGGGGUGCAUAUUGUGAUGCCUGGAUAUUACAGCCCAGACAAUAUGGGACUGCUUGAUCCAGCCACUAGUGAUGGGCGAGUGAUUUUCUUUCUGCCAUGGGAGAAGAUGACUAUUGCCGGAACGACUGACACCCCAACAGAAGUCACACACCACCCCAUUCCAACAGAUGAAGAUAUAAAUUUCAUAUUAACAGAAGUGCGAAACUACCUUAGCAGUGAUGUGGAAGUUCGAAGAGGAGAUGUUCUUGCAGCCUGGAGCGGCAUUCGCCCCUUGGUCACAAAUCCCAAUUCCAAAGAUACCCAGUCAAUAUCCCGCAAUCAUGUUGUUGAUGUUAGUGAGAGUGGUCUUGUCACAAUAGCAGGUGGGAAAUGGACCACGUAUCGCUCAAUGGCAGAAGACACACUGGAUGCAGCAGUAAAAGCUCACAAUUUGAAAGCAGGGCCAUGUAGAACUGUGGGACUGUUCCUUGAAGGGGGGCAGGAUUGGUCCCCCACCCUUUAUAUCCGUCUUGUUCAAGAUUAUGGUCUUGAAAGUGAGGUGGCUCAGCAUCUUGCAGCUACCUACGGAGACCAGGCCUUUGAGGUGGCCAAAUUGGCCAAAGUCACGGGGAAAAGAUGGCCGAUUGUUGGAAAGCGUCUUGUGUCAGAAUUUCCAUACAUUGAAGCAGAGGUUAAAUAUGCACUAAGAGAAUACGCCUGUACAGCAGUUGAUGUCAUUUCUCGCAGAACUCGCCUAGCAUUUCUCAAUGUUCAGGCUGCAGAAGAAGCCUUACCGCGAAUAGUCGAUAUCAUGGCCAAAGAGCUUAACUGGAAGGAGCAAAGGAAGAAGGAAGAAUUGGAAACAGCAAAGAAAUUCCUGUACUAUGAAAUGGGGUACAAAUCUCGAUCUGAACAGCUAACAGACCGAUCUGAAAUUAAUCUGUCACCUUCUGAUGUAGACAGGUAUACAAAGAGAUUUCACAAGUUUGAUAAGGACAAGAAGGGAUUUAUCACCAUACUGGAUGUUCAGCAUGUUCUGGAGAAUAUUAACGUUCACAUGGACGCCAACAAUCUACACGAGAUCCUGAAUGAAGUUGAUCUCAAUAAGAACGGGCAAGUGGAGCUCAAUGAGUUCUUGCAGCUAAUGAGCGCAAUUCAGAAAGGCUUCGUGUCAAGCAGCCGCCUGGCAAUUCUCAUGAAGAGUGCAGAAGAGAACCUGGAGCAAAGAGAACCUAUUCCUGUGCAUCGCAGCGGUGGCGGAGUGUGAGUCUUAUGGGAAUUGGAAGCUCGUUACUGCUUCUGUAUGCUGGAGAACAUUCCAAAGCUGCUUUUUUGCUGUGUACACAUGCAGAUUUGGCACCCAGUGUGACAUUACAAAUAUAUAUAUUUUUUCAAGUUUUUUUUUCAUGUAAACAUUUAUACUAGAAAGUCCUUUGGUGUUUUCUAUAUAAAGUAAUUAAUUUAGGGUCUUAAAAUUUUGCCUUGGUUUUUUGGUUUAUUUUAUAUAUUUUAUGAAUGUAGCUUUUUAAUUUUAUGGAAUAUUUAUAUUUCACUUAAUAGGGAGAAGCUAGUAUUUUAAACUUCAUACAUGUUUGCCUUUUGCUUAUUCUAAGAGGCAGUAAGAAACAUUUUUACUGCACUCAAGGUGGUUUUUUCUUCAUCAUCAUCAUGGAAAAACAGAAACUCACACUAAAAUCAAAUUCUUUAAUUUAUUAACGAUUCUGCAAAAUCUCAUAUACUGUAUUUCUAAAGAUUUCAAAUUACCUUGAAUAUGGAAAAUAUACCUCUCAUUGACUUAUACAAAAGCUCACCAGCUUUUAUUCAUUUUGAGUUUCUAGAUUUUUUCAGUUGAUCAAUUUCAAAAAUAUCAAGUUGGGAAAACAAUAAUUUAGAAAAUUUUUAAUUAGAUUUUAUUUUUCCUUCUGGACAACUCAGAUCGAGAGAAAAUUUUGAAGAAUUUUAGUGACAUCCUCUAAGAGGCUUUUUUUUUUUUUAAUUAAAGGUCCAUUUUAGUGGGUUUAGAACAUUCUCUAAAACCACAAAUAUCAUUCAAUUUAUUAAAAGUAUGAAUGAAAAAGCACUGAAUGGUGCACUAAUAAAUACGAAUACCUU